UCCCAUUGGCAGAUUCUAUUUCAUUUCGAAACCGUAUUUUUUACACUGUCCGUCCAGUCUUAAUUUUCUGCAUUCCUCGAGACACUGACUCACUGAGUCGAGUUUUUUUUCCCGGAAAAUUAGGAACCUGAGAAAAUCUCCGAUUCUCCGAGAAAAUCCGUGCAAUGGCGCUUAAUUUCUCAUAUCACCGUCAUCGCACAUGAACGUCCUCUUCGAUUUCGCUUCACUCUCUGCUAAUUGGAGUCCAGUUUGCAGGGAAUUCUUCCUUCCUUUUUCAGCAUCAACAAAUUUUCUUAUAGCAUAGAUUAGAACAUGACAGCUACGAAAAAAAUCAUGUAAUCAAUUCAAGGAGAUAUGUGAUCAGCUGAUCUUCAUUUCUCCAAGGUCUUGUGUUUUCUGAAAAGUCUUGGUUUGACUCUGAGACCUGGUUUCUGGAAAGAAACUUAGGAUAUACAUAUUUUAGGCUUCUAAUUCUUGUUUGCUACUUAGGUUCAGGCAUGAGGAAUCAGGAAGAAAAAAAAGAAUUUGAUCUUUUUGUGAUUUCCUAUUGAAUCUCUGAUGGAAAUCGGUUGAAUUUUGCUAUUGGUUUUGAGGUUCAUAACUUGUUUAUUUUUGAGCCAGCAAGGUUUUGAACCUGUAAAUUGAUAAUGGCUUGUGUGGCACUUCAUCCGGUGUGUGAAGAAUCUCUUAACUGUGGUGAAUUUACCAGCUGUUUCAGCCCUCAUUUGAGGGAGUCAAUUUUGAUUUACCUAACUGUUGGUGGAUCUGUGAUUCCUAUGCAUAUUAUGAAGACGGAUUCAAUUGCUUCAGUGAAGCUGAGAAUUCAAACCUUCAAGGGAUUUUUUGUUAAAAAGCAGAAACUGGUUUUUGAAGGGAAGGAAUUGGCUCGUAACAGAUCUUGUAUCCGUGAUUAUGGUGUUGGUGAUGGGAAUGUUUUGCACCUGGUGCUGAGGCUUUCUGAUCUCAAAGCUAUUACUGUUAGGACUAUGUGUGGAAAGGAGUUUGGGCUUUAUGUUGAGAAGAGUAGGAGUGUGGGCUAUGUGAAGCAGCAGAUUGCAAAAAAAGGGCAAGGGUUCUUGGAUCACAAGGAUCAAGAACUGAUAUGUGAGGGUGAGGAACUUGAAGACCAGAGACUUAUUGAAGAUAUCUGUAAGGACAAUGAUGCUGUUAUUCAUUUUUUGGUCAGAAAAUCAGAUGCCAAGGUAAGGACUAAACCAGUUGACAAGGAUUUUGAAUUAUCAAUUGAAGCAUCAUAUGUGCACAAUCUGGUACCAAAUUUACAUGCAGACCAGUUAGGGUCAGUCUCUGUAACAAAUGAGGUCCUGGAGAGGAGCCAAUUAACAAGAGAUUUUGUUCUGGAACCAAUUAUUAUGAAUUCCAACAUCAAAAUUCCACUGGUGAUCCAAGAGCUAAUUAAGAGCACUUCGGAGGGAUUAGAAAAAGGCUGUAAACCAAUUCAAUCUUCAGAGGGAUCAGGAGGAGCUUAUCUCAUGCAAGAUUCUUCUGGCUUGAAGUAUGUGUCUGUUUUCAAGCCCAUAGAUGAGGAGCCAAUGGCAAUAAAUAAUCCUCGAGGCCUACCUGUUUCUGAGGAUGGUGAAGGGCUAAAGAAAGGUACGCGAGUAGGGCAAGGUGCAUUGAGAGAAGUUGCGGCUUACAUUUUGGAUCAUCCUAGGAAAGGACCUCGCUCAUAUUAUAACAAUGAGGAGGGCGGAUUUGCUGGAGUUCCUCCUACAGUCAUGGUCAAAUGCCUUGAUAAAGGAUUUCAUAAUAUUGAAGAUUAUCAGAAUGAUUCAGCUAAUGUUAAAAUAGGAUCUCUUCAGAUGUUUAUGAGGAAUAUUGGAAGUUGUGAAGACAUGGGCCCUAGUGCUUUUCCAGUGGAAGAGGUACACAAGAUCUCUGUGCUGGAUAUCAGGUUGGUAAAUGCAGAUAGGCAUGCAGGGAACAUUUUGAUUGCCAGGGAUGGUGAAGACGGUCAAACUAUCCUCAUUCCAAUUGAUCAUGGCUAUUGCUUGCCUGAGAGUUUUGAAGACUGCACUUUUGACUGGUUAUACUGGCCACAAGCUAAGGAGCCUUACUCUCCUGACACCAUUGAUUACAUAAAAUCUCUGGAUGCUGAAGAAGAUAUAAAGCUUUUGAAGUUUCAUGGAUGGGACCUUCCUCCUAAAUGUGCCCAGAUCCUUCGUAUAUCAACCAUGCUUCUUCAGAAAGGUGCAGAGAGAGGACUCACUCCUUUCGCCUUAGGAAGCAUCAUGUGUAGAGAAACACUGAAGAAAAAAUCUGUCAUUGAGCAGAUUGUUGAGGAAGCAGAGGAAGCGGCAUUUCCUGGAGCAAGUGAAGCUGCAUUUCUUGAUCUGGUUUCAGUGGUCAUGGAUAGUCAUUUGGAUGAGCUAUUCCCGUGACUGAAUAUACAUAAUUCACAUACUUAUUACUACUAUUUUGAUAAUACAGUGAUAAAGUGGUCGUGCUUGUUUCGUCUUCAAAGAGGAUCCAUCAAACUCGUUUAGUAGACUGUGGUUAAAACUUCUGUAUUGACCAAUCAAGCAUUUGAUGCUUGUAUUGCAAAUAUCGACUUCUCUUAUAUAUAUAUCUCUUAUAACAUGGAAAUAUAUUGACCAGGAAUGUUUAUGGAGUCCUGUGCAAUAUUAUUCCUCUUAUGUUCUUUGGUGAAUAUAAAAUUGUUUGAAUAAAGUUGUACUUAUCAUAGAAAAAAGGAAACAAAUUCUGCCA